GAUGUCCACCAAGGUCAGGAAGUGCCAGGAGCCGGCGAGGGUGACCUUCCCCGCGCCCGAGGAGGAGGAGGAGGGCGAGGACGCGGGCGCCGAGCCGCAGAGCCGCCGGCGGGGCUGGAGGGGCGUCAACGGGGGCCUGGAGCUGCGCUCGGAGACCUCGUCGCGGGAACCGCACGGCCACCGCCCGCCGCCCUGGUCGCCGGAGCCCGAUCUGUCCAUGGAUGAAAGCCCAUCCCUGCGGCGCAAGACGGGGAUGCGGGAGAAGGGCCGGCGCCAGGCCGUGCGGGGCCCGGCCUUCAUGUUCAACGACCGCGGCACCAGCCUGACGGCCGAGGAGGAGCGCUUCCUGGACGCGGCCGAGUACGGCAACAUCCCGGUGGUGCGCAAGAUGCUGGAGGAGUCCCGCACGCUCAACGUCAACUGCGUGGACUACAUGGGCCAGAACGCGCUGCAGCUGGCCGUGGGCAACGAGCACCUGGAGGUGACGGAGCUGCUGCUCAAGAAGGAGAACCUGGCGCGCAUCGGCGACGCGCUGCUGCUGGCCAUCAGCAAGGGCUACGUGCGCAUCGUGGAGGCCAUCCUGAACCACCCGGGCUUCGCGGCCAGCGGGCGCCUGACGCUCAGCCCCUGCGAGCAGGAGCUGCAGGACGACGACUUCUACGCCUACGACGAGGACGGCACGCGCUUCUCGCCCGACAUCACGCCGGUCAUCCUGGCGGCGCACUGCCACAAGUACGAGGUGGUGCACAUGCUGCUGCGGCGCGGCGCGCGCAUCGAGCGGCCGCACGACUACUUCUGCAAGUGCGGCGACUGCGCCGACAAGCAGCGGCGCGACGCCUUCAGCCACUCCCGCUCCCGGAUCAACGCCUACCGCGGGCUGGCCAGCCCGGCCUACCUGUCCCUGUCCAGCGAGGACCCCGUGCUCACCGCCCUGGAGCUCAGCAACGAGCUGGCCAAGCUGGCCAACAUCGAGAAGGAGUUCAAGAACGACUACCGGAAGCUGUCCAUGCAGUGCAAAGACUUCGUGGUGGGAGUGCUGGACCUGUGCCGGGACUCGGAGGAGGUCGAGGCCAUCCUGAACGGAGACCUGGAGUCGGCGGAGGCGGCGGAGGCGCCCAAGCACAAGGCCUCCCUGAGCCGCGUCAAGCUGGCCAUCAAGUACGAGGUCAAGAAGUUUGUGGCUCACCCCAACUGCCAGCAGCAGCUCCUCACCAUCUGGUACGAGAACCUGUCAGGACUGCGGGAGCAGACCAUAGCCAUCAAGUGUCUGGUGGUGCUGGUGGUGGCCUUGGGCCUUCCGUUCCUCGCCGUCGGCUACUGGAUCGCGCCGUGCAGCCGGCUGGGCAAGGUCCUGCGCAGCCCCUUCAUGAAGUUCGUGGCGCACGCGGCCUCCUUCAUCCUCUUCCUGGGCCUGCUGGUGUUCAACGCCUCGGACAGGUUCGAAGGCGUCAGCACGCUGCCCAACGUCACGGUCCUCGACUACCCCAAGCAGAUCUUCAGGGUCAAGACCACCCAGUUCACGUGGACCGAGAUGCUAAUAAUGGUUUGGGUCCUUGGGAUGAUGUGGUCCGAGUGCAAGGAGCUCUGGCUGGAAGGCCCGAGGGAGUACAUCGUGCAGCUCUGGAACGUGCUGGACUUCGGGAUGCUGUCCAUCUUCAUCGCCGCGUUCACGGCCAGGUUCCUGGCUUUCCUCCAGGCGACGAAAGCGCAGCAGUAUGUGGACAGCUACGUCCAAGAGAGCGACCUCAGCGAAGUCACUCUGCCCCCGGAGAUACAGUAUUUCACUUACGCCAGAGAUAAGUGGCUCCCCUCCGACCCUCAGAUCAUCUCGGAAGGGCUCUACGCCAUCGCCGUGGUGCUCAGCUUCUCCCGGAUCGCCUACAUCCUCCCGGCCAACGAGAGCUUCGGCCCCUUGCAGAUCUCCCUGGGCAGGACCGUGAAGGACAUCUUCAAGUUCAUGGUCCUCUUCAUCAUGGUGUUUCUCGCCUUUAUGAUCGGCAUGUUCAUCCUGUACUCUUACUACCUUGGGGCUAAAGUAAACGCUGCUUUUACCACGGUGGAAGAAAGCUUCAAGACUCUGUUUUGGUCCAUAUUCGGGUUGUCUGAAGUGACGUCAGUUGUGCUCAAGUAUGAUCACAAGUUCAUCGAGAAUAUUGGAUACGUGCUGUAUGGAAUCUACAAUGUGACUAUGGUGGUCGUUUUGCUCAACAUGUUAAUUGCCAUGAUUAACAGCUCGUACCAAGAAAUUGAGGACGACAGCGAUGUCGAAUGGAAGUUUGCUCGCUCGAAACUUUGGUUAUCUUAUUUUGAUGAUGGAAAAACAUUACCUCCACCCUUCAGUCUAGUUCCUAGUCCAAAGUCAUUUGUUUAUUUCAUCAUGCGGAUCAUUAACUUUUCCAAAUGCAGAAGGAGAAGGCUCCAGAAAGACAUCGAAAUGGGGCUGGGGAACUCAAAGUCCAGGUUUGCAAAGUGCUUUGCUGUACAUCUGACCCUCAUGCAACACUGUGAGUUAAACCUCUUCACUCAGUCUAACUCCAGAGUUUUUGAAUCACACAGUUUUAACAGCAUUCUCAAUCAGCCAACACGUUAUCAGCAGAUAAUGAAAAGACUCAUAAAGCGGUAUGUUCUGAAAGCACAAGUAGACAAAGAGAAUGACGAGGUGAACGAAGGUGAAUUAAAAGAAAUCAAGCAGGACAUCUCCAGCCUUCGCUACGAGCUGCUGGAGGACAAGAGCCAGGCCACGGAGGAGCUGGCCGUCCUCAUUCAUAAGCUCAGCGAGAAGCUGAGCCCCAGCUCGCCGCGGUGUGAGUGAGCGGAGCCUGGACGGCGGCCUGGACUGCAGCGCAAACGUGGGCAAUAAUAUUUCCAAGGACGAAGUACUUGAAAAACCAUGGUGUACAUUUCCUAGUGUUAACUGCCUUUAUCAUGUGAAUCUUUGAAAGUGAGGUCUUCGUGAUUUUACUGUUUCAUCCCCUGUAAAUGGUCUUCGUUUGCCUUGUCUGCCUUGACAUGACAAACAAUGGCACGGCAUUGUACGGAAAGGCCCGAUUGCUGCCCGUCUUGUCCAUUUUAGAAUGAACUCUGCUACAUCUUUGCACUCUCCGGGGGCCUCCAAGAGACGGUAAGCUCCCUGGGGACAGGGACGAUGUCUUAUUCAUCUUUGUGUCUCCAGCAUCUAGUCCAGUGCCUGGGACAAAGGAGGGAGGUGCGCAGUAAAUGUUGAAACCCCCUGAACGGAACUGCCAACAAAGUACAAAUACAAAUAACGGGGCCAUCACUACGCAGCACACCUUCUCUUGUUCAAGCGCUGAAGCGGUUUUUUAAAAAAUAGAAACUGAAGACAACUGGCAAGCAGCCAUGACUUGCUCAGACUUUUUUCUUAGAAUUUUUGGCGUCACUAAUGAUCCUAGAACCUUCGAGCCCUGAGGAAGAAUUUAACAGCGAAAUGGGUUAAUGGAAAAUGUCAUUAUGUUAAAGUUUCGUAGACUUGUUCAGAGGAAGUCAUUAAAGGUUUUCUAGAGGUUUUCCUGGAGGAUAUGCUGUUUGUUUUCUGUCUUAGAUGUUCAUUUGUUGCUUCUCAGUCAUGUGAAUUUAGUCGGCAGGACGGUGGGUUUUUUUAAGGGGGCUCUGGAGGUUGUCGUUUUGUUAGGACCUCCUGACUUGGGCCUCUGCCGUUUGGAGGGCAUGCUGAGGGGAAGAAACAGGGCAGAGCAGUGGCUGGGGACCUGGCGGGGUCUGUCCAGGCAUCGCUGGGCGGGUGUCGUUUCCCUGUGAGGCCUCUCUUUGCUCACCGUGCUUGGCAUCCUUUUUCUGAUCGGAGCAUUUCACUUAUACUUUCUACACAAAACAGAUUGCGAUGUGUCUGUUCUCGGCUUAUUGUGUAACUGAGCUGAAUACCGGUGAUACCUACGAUGCCUCAGGGCUUUAACAGGAGAGGGGAUACAGGCCAGUACGUUCCCUCAUCUCUUCACAGACCACGAAACACUCGAAUACAUUACUCCGGGUAGGUGUAAAUGGCUCAUCGAGUUACCCUUAAGCUCCUGUUCCAUCUGUUCGCAUCAAGACUUAGAGGAUUACGAAUUGUGACCACAACUCAAAGGUAGUUUUAUAGGCCUUAGACACUGGUUUAGUACACGAUACUUUAAAAUCAUUGCUCUCACACAUCAAGGCUUUCUAGACAUGAAGACAAAACGACCAUUAAGCAGAACCACAUAAAGCUCUUUACAGAUGAUUUCUUAAUUUCUAAUUCUUGGGACAAAAAAUAUUAAGAAAAGAACUUUAUACAUUUUUGCUACCAUUGUAGACUAUUUCACUAACUUUUAUGCUAUUCUAAUAGUACUUUGUCUUAAAUGUUUUUCAGACUUGGUGUAUUUAAUGUUAUGCCUCAGAACUGAAUAAAAUACUGAAUUUUUUCAUUGUCA